AUGGCACCCCUGCGGCCAUCCUGGCGGCGCCGGUCGCCGGCCAUCCUGGUGGCCCUCUCAUGGCUUGUCCUUCUUUUUGCCGGGCCCGCACGGGCCCAGGACCUGGUGCUGUAUUCGGCCCCGCAUCCGGCCCUGUCGACUGACAAGGUGCCCGUGCUUGUGCCCUUUGUGGGAGUACCAUCCUCGGCCAGUGUCUUCGGCGUGGACAAUGCCUUCCACUUCCACGAGCAGAAUCUCCCCGUGAACAACAGCCCCGAAAUCCGGUGGGGAUCCUUCUUCGCGGCGGUGCGGUUCUACAUGAACCGGGGGCGAAGCACCGACAUCUCGGGCUCCCGGGUGAUGCUCAUCCACCAAUCGAGCGGGUCGAUUCCGAUGGCCGUCGAGCACAGCCGGAGCAUGGUCGCAAUGUACACCUCGAGUGUGGAGCACUCGCUGCCGGGGCCGCAGACCGAGUUGCUGGCCGGCGUUGUGUCCAGCUCCAACAGCGCGGAUGUCCUCGGUUUGACUGGCUCGGGGAGCACCGAUCGCUCGGUCUUCCUGGGCACGCUCAGCCACUCGUCGCUGACCCCCCUGUCGCAUGAUGUCCCCUCGAUCGACGGGCCGGCAAUGGCGGUGCCCGGCGUCGGCCGGUCCUUCUACUUGGCCUGGCUCAGGCACCUUUUGCACAUCAGCCACCAGGGGUCUGGCUAUUCCACAGGCCCGACCCUGAACUUCAGUGGUGCCGUCGUGCAGAUGGCCGCCACCCGGGUGAAAUCCCCGGCCAGUACGUGCUCCGAUGCGGCGGAUGUGGUUCUCAUCCAGGACAAUCGUGUCCUGUCGGUGUUGGUCUGUCACGGCGUCGCCCCCACCGAGAGUCUGGUGGAGAUGUUGCUGCCGAGUGGGUUGCCUCUGGCAGGAGUUCGAAUUCUGGCGGCGCCAGCCUCCACCAUGAACCAGGGGGUGUCUCCUUUCUAUUUGGUCUUUCCCCAAGCGCCGGAUCCGCGGGAUCGCCUCUGGGAGAUCACCAUCCCGGUGGAGGACCUUGUCUGGCGCCGGGUCCUGCUGCCUCCGAGAGUGGUCCAAGUGGCUGACAUGCAGCUUGGGCGCUUUGCUUUGCACUCGGCCCCGGCCCCAUGGCGCCUGAUGGACCGGACCAACACCGUGCUCCUGGAGCCGGGCGAUAUGGGCUGCCAGCUUGAUGAAAGCAUUGUGUGCGACACGGCGGACCAGGUGACCGGCGCGCCGGGCGGGUGGCUUUGUGCCCCGGGCCAGGUCGAGUCGCCGUAUGUCUCGUCGAGGCACCUGUGUGCCGGGUGCGCCGAUGGCCGGUUCCUGAAACGGUCGCGCAGCGAAUUGCCCUUCUCCCUUUCGAGCCACCUCUGCCAGGUCUGUGCGCAGGGCGGAUGCCGGACAUGCGACGAGCACCACUGCCUCGUGUGCCAGGAGGGCCUCCUGCCCGAGCCGAGUGGCCCCGGGGGGGACACCGUCUGCGUGUCCAGCUGCUCGGCGGGAUUUGUCCCGGCCGCCGGGGUAUGCCGGCCAGAUGCUUCGCCACCGCUGCCGGCCUCCCUGCGUAUUGUGGGGCCGGAAAAGAUGCCGGGCUUGGCCAGCGGCGACUCGAUCACCGCCAUCGGGGAGACCUGGCUCCUGUUGAGCGACCAGGAUCCCCGGCCAGUCAUUCCGGCCACCAACACCGGCCCGGCCAUCGGGGCCCUGAUCUUCACCGAGCAGCAGAAGGUUUACUUCAUGCCGACAGGCCAAAUUGGCAACCCGAUGAAGCCGCCGCUGAAGGAGGUGAACCUGCUGGCGCAGCCCCUCUCCAGCCCGGUGAUCGCGUCGGCCGAGCUGGGUCCCUUUUUGAGCGAGGGCAAAUGGCUGUAUGUGGUGGUCAUGAGCGAUCGUUCCGGCAGCGUGUCCCAGGCUUGGCUGUCGUGCACCGGCGCGCAGGGCCCCUGCAAGGCCGACAGCCCGGCCGUGGCACAGUCCUACGUGCAGAGCCCUUGCUUUGCCCUGCGGCGCCUUGGCGUGGACAGCAUCGUGCUGUAUACCAUGUCCGAUGGAGUGUACCUGCUCCGGGCGAAUGCCAGCUCCAAGAGCCUGGCCCGGUCGCGGAUCGACGCGCGCGAGGUGCUCCGGCUGCCGGCGUCCUCGGCAGCCGGAGCUCGAAGCGAGCUGGCCGACUGGUUCCUGUGGUCGGACCUCACCGGGGGGGCCACUGCCAGCCCGGUGGUGUUUGUGAAUUCGGGCGAUUCGCGCAGCCAGUCCUUGCUCCGGCGCUUCUUGCCGGGGGCCAAUGUCCCCGGGGUCCCCCAUGUGCCGGUGCUCCUGGCACGAGGGCGCGAUGACCUGGCGCCGGAGCUGGUCUUCUCGCAGACCACCGGCGCCGAUUGGACGGUCCUCCGAGUGCCGGGGGACAUGCUGCCGGGGGGGCGCUCCGUGGAUGUGCCCUUCAGUCGCCAUGUGUUGGGCCGGCUGCCGGAGGCCCUGGGGCCCGACAGUGGCUCGACCCCGGCGGUUCACUUCCAGGGGGUGGCCCUGCCGGCCGGCGGGGUCCGGUACCCGAGCGCGUUGCUGCUGCUGGCGCGCACUUUCGUCGGGGUGUCGAUGCUGCACUGUCCGGAUGGGGGGGCUGGCGUGUGUGUUUUGCAGCCGGCCACCUUUGUCUCUUUGCUGGGGGAGGAUCGCAUUCCGACGGACGCGGCCAUUUGGAGUCCGGCCAUGGCCCUGGAUGCCAGUGGAUUGCUGGGCCCCGACCAGCUGCUGUACAUGAUGGCCUUCAAUCCCAGCACCGGGCCCAGGUCCAUCCUGCUGAGGGUCAGCUGCCCGGAGGGGACGUACGGGCUCUACUGUGAUCCCUGUGAUGAUGCGUGCCUCACAUGCCGGGGCCCGGGGCCGGGGGACUGUAAAACAUGCCGCCAUCGGCUGCCCUCCGAGCCGGAGGUGUGCCGGGCGGCCUGCCCGGCCGGGCUGUAUCCCGACCAUGAGGGCAUGUGCAUUUGCCAUUCCAGCUGCAAUGCCUGCCCCCCCGACAGCUUUGGCAAUUACCUUUGCAUCGAGUGUGUCACUGGCCAUGUUCCGGAUGUGAAUGCCGGCGAGCCGGGCCGGUGCUUCGCGUGCGAUGCAUCCUGUGGCGAGUGCUCGCGGCCUGGCGAUCCGAAAGCCUGCACCUCAUGCCCACCCACCCGGUGGCUACUGGAUGGGGCUUGCUAUGAGCAGUGUCCCGAGGGGACGCGGCUCGAUGUCGGGAAUAAUGUCUGCCAGCCAUGCGGGCUCAAUUGCCUUCUCUGCAGCAUGGAGGGUGUUUGCGAUGCAUGCGUCGAGCGGCACUUCGCCGCUGGCGAUGGGUCCUGCGCGGUGUGUGACGGAUCCUGCGUCGACUGCACGGAUGGCAUUUCCUGCACGGCAUGCCGGCCGGGGCUGGUGUUCCUCGGGACCGAUGCGCAAGUGCCAUCGCUUUGCGGGAGUUCCUGCCUGCCGGGCCAGUUCGUCGGUGCUGGCCGGUGCGCCGAGUGCGACGCCAGCUGCGAGUUGUGUGCCGGGAGCGCGGCCGCCUGCCAGGUGUGCGCCGAUGGCUUCCGCUGGGCCGGCCGGCCGGCGGCCGGGGCCACCGGGACAUGCGUGCCCUGCGCGUCGGGCUGUGCCUCCUGCACGGCAGACAAAUGCCUGACCUGCGAGGCGGGCCUGUUCCUGGCAUCGGACGGGACGUGUGUGAGCACGUGCCCGGCCGGGGCCUGGCCCAAUGGGGAGUCCUGCCAGCCGUGCGACAUCUCGUGUGCCACCUGCACCGGCGGCGGCGGGGCCGACCAGUGCACCGGCUGCGAGGAGGGCUUGGACUUCGUCGAGAGCGCCCCCGGCGUCGGGGCAUGUGUUUCCGGCUGCGACGAAGGCCAGUACCGGGACCCGGACGCCCGCACCUGCCUGCCGUGCGACGCGGCCUGUGCCACAUGCAACGGUCCGACCGACAAGGACUGCUGGCGCUGCCGAAAGGCGAUCUUGCAAGAUGGCGACUGCGUGCAGGCGUGUGCUGCCUCGUAUGUGGCCGUGGCUGGGCGCUGCCUGCCGUGCCAUGCUUCGUGCGCGCAAUGCAUGGGGGUCCGGUCGACGGAGUGUGUGCCGGCCUGCCCGAGCGAGCUGCUGGCCCUGCCGACCGGGGCGUCUCCCACGCGGUGUGUGCCGGCCUGCCCGGCGGGCUACCACACCACGGCGUCGGGGUGCUCGCCGUGCGGGUCCCAUUGUGCCAGCUGCCCGGCCUCGGCGGCGUCCUGUGCCCAGUGCGAGCGCGGGUGGCUGCUGGCCAGCCCGGAGUGUGUGUCCUCCUGCCCGGGCGGCAGUCUGCCGCUGGGGAAUGUGUGCGCCACCUGCCACGGGACGUGUGCCACAUGCUACGGCCCGGGGGACAACAACUGCCUCUCCUGCAGCCCCGAUGCUCCCUUCAUGGUGGGCGGGCGGUGCCAUGCCGCCUGCCCGGCCGGCACGCACGAGGUGCUGGGCGCCUGCCUGCCCUGCCACUCGACAUGUGCGGCGUGCGAGGAAUCCGGCGAUGACCGGUGCACCGCGUGCUCGGGCGACCGGGCCCUGCUUGGGGGCGAGUGCCUGCUUGGCUGCCCUGCCGGGUUUUUUGCCGAGAACAACGUGUGCACCCAGUGCGGGCCCUCGUGCGCCACGUGUGACCGCCCGGGCAGCUGCACGGGCUGCGCCCCGGGUCGGCUACUCCAGCCGGAUGGGCUGUGCGCCGUCGGCUGCCCGGCCGGGUGGACGGAGUGUGCCGCCUCGGCCGGGUGUGUCCAGUGCCCGGACCACUGCCGUGCGUGCCUCUCGCAGGGGCCCCCCUGCGAGGCCACCUGUACGGCCUGCGAGGCGGGGUAUGUCCUGUCCUCGGGGCAGUGUGCCACGAGCUGCCCGGCCGGGGCCUUCCUCUCGCGGGAGUCGGGCACCUGCCAGCAGUGUGCGAGCGCCUGUCGGACUUGUGUCGAAUCGGCGGACCGCUGCACUGGCUGCGCCAUGGGGGUGCUCCUGCCGGGGGAGGGCACCUGCGUGUCGGCCUGCCCGGGCGCCUCGGCGCCGGUGGAUGGGGCGUGUCUCGGCUGCCCGGCCGGAUGCGAGCAGUGUCGCGCGGGCCCGGGCCAGCCCGGAUGCGAGCUCCAGCAGGAUGGGCAGCUUGCCUGUCCCGAGGCCACUUCCUGCUCGCGCUGCAUGGCGGGGCUGCUCCUGCAGGGGGACACCUGUGUGGCAGCAUGUCGGAAGGACCAUUACGCGGAUGUGGCGGCCAAUCCGCCGGCCUGCCUGCCCUGUCACAGUGGGUGUGUGAGCGGCUGCACCGGGCCGGAGCCGGCCGACUGCGACCAGCUCCCCCGGCCCACGGCGUCGCGUGUGGGCCUGGCCGUGGGUCUGUCGGUGGGGCUGCUGCUGCUGCUGGUCCUGCUGAUCCUGGCGGUACUGUGCCUUGUGCGCCGGCACAACCGGCGGGCCAUGCUGGCCAAGGACCUCGCCGCCCAUGACGCGGAUGCCACCAUGCUGAACACCAUCGUGGAGCUGGCCCUGCCCGGGGCCAUUCUGGUGAGUGUGGACCUGGACUUCCGGCCGGUCAAUGAGCAGCUCGGUGCCGGGACCCAGGCAUCGGUCUAUGCGGCGCAGGCGGUGGGCACGGGGAUCAUGGCGCGCCUGGGCUGUCCGGAUGUCGUGGCCCUGAAUGCCAUGACGGUGCGGUACGCGGCGCCCGAGGUGAUCGGCGCCUUCCAGCGUGGUGUCCCCCUGGAGCCGGAGCUCCUCUUCGCGGGGGACAUUUACAGCGCGGCGGUCAUGCUCAACGAGUGCCUGACCCGCGCGGCCGUGUGGCCUGGGAAGGAUCUCCAGGGCAUCGUGGCGGCUGUGAUGGCCGGCGGGCGACCGGACAUGUCGGCCCUUCCGGCUGCCGGGCCUUUUGCCGCGGCCGGAGACCUUAUCCAGGCAGCUUGGCAGGAUGACCCGGCGCGCCGGCCCUCGGCGGCGGCCUUGCGCCAACGGUGUGCCGGGCUGUUUGUGGCCGCCGGAGGUUUGGGCAGCGACUCGGGGCCGUGA